CUGCUUUCGGUCUUGUCUCUUUCUUUCCCAUUGUCAUUCUCUCACCAAUGGGAAUCUCCUUUAGCAACAACAACAGAAGACGAGACAACAACAAUCGCCGUCACCUCCACCACUAUCCUCCGCCGCCUUACUAUUACCUCGACCCUCCUCCUCCUCCUCCGCCGCCGCCUUUUCCACCGCAUUAUGACUAUAACUACUCCAAUUACCAUCUCUCUCAACCUCUACCGCCACAGCCACAGAUCAACUCUUGUUCCUACGGCCAUUACCAUUAUCACCCUCAGCCUCCUCAGUAUUUCACCACCGCUCAGCCCAAUUGGUGGGGUCCAAUGGUGAGGCCGGCGUAUUACGGUCCGCCUCAGCCGCAACCGCAAACGCAACCGCUUCCACCGCCAUACGUGGAGCAACAGAACGCGAAGAAGGUGAGGAACGAUGUCAAUGUGCAUAAAGAUACAGUGAGACUUGGAGUGGACGAUCUCGUCCCUGGUCACCAUCUAGUUUCCUUCGUCUUCGAUGCCCUUUUCGAUGGCAGUUUCACUAUCACCUUCUUUGCAAAGGAGGAACCAAAUUGCAUGAUUAUCCCGCAGUUUCCAGAGGUUUAUUCAUCGACAAGAUUCCAUUUUCAGAAAGGUCCUGGACAGAAGUUUCUGCAGCCUUCAGGGACAGGAACAGACCUGAGCUUCUUCGCUCUUGACGAUCUGUCAAGACCUUUACAAGAAGAUGUGUAUCCGCUUGUAAUAUCAGCUGACACGGUAAUCUCUCCUAAUUCGACCUCAGAGCAAUCAUCAGUUCAUAAGCAAGUCACACUAGCCGUCCUUGAGAAAGAUAAUGAUAGAUGUUUCAAAGUGAAAGUUGUGAAGCAGAUUCUUUGGAUUGAAGGAGUUCGAUAUGAACUCCGCGAGUUGUAUGGCUCGACCACUCAAGGUGCAGCCUCGGGAUUAGAGGACAGUGGUUCGGGUAAAGAAUGUGUGAUCUGCAUGACUGAGGCUAAGGACACGGCUGUACUGCCUUGCAGACAUUUGUGCAUGUGUAGCGACUGUGCUAAAGAAUUGAGGCUUCAGUCGAACAAAUGUCCGAUUUGUCGACAACCCAUCGAAGAGCUCUUAGAGAUCAAAGUGAACAGUAGUGAUGAACAACACUAGUACAAAAAAGGUUCUUUCUUUACAUAAAACACCAUUCUUGAUUCUUUCUUCAUCUUUCUCUGAAAUCAUCCAUAUCUGAAUCUGUAUUUCCGUUAUCAUUGUUGUGUAACUUCAUUCCUUCCGCAUAUAGAUUUGUUUGAU